UACUGUAACAAUUAUGGUCUCAAAUUCUCUUUUGAGAUUUCAUGGAUUCAAAUCCUCCCUAAAACCAACACUCUUCACCAAAAUUCACGCUUCCUUUCAUUUUUCCCAGGAAAAAAUCAUCAAAACUACGCCAAAAAAUGCUUCUUUUCUUCUUCCCAAUGCCAUUUCAUACAUAAUUGCAACAUGUAUCAUAUCUGGUGAAAAACUAUCUCUUCUUUAGUUUCUGUCAUAUCAGAUUUUGAGUUCAUUCGUUCUUUAUUAUUUUGAAAUGUUGUUAGGUAUGCUGCAAAGUGUAUUUUCAGUUUGUUGAAUAUAACAUGGUGGUGUUAGUGAAAGGAUGACUUGGACAACUGUCCAUAACCAAACUCAUUUUUUGUCACUUACAAACAAUCAACCCCAUUGCUUUGAAUUGAGCAAUAGUUUCAAUGAAAAGGGAUGGUUAUGUUUACUCAAAAGGUGCAACAGUAUGGAGGAAUUGAAGCAAGUUCAUGCCCAUGUUUUGAAAUGGGGUAUUUUCUUUGAUUCUUUCUGUAUGAGCAAUCUUGUUGCAACUUGUGCUUUAACAAAAUGGGGUAGCAUGGAUUAUGCUUGCUCAAUUUUCACUCAGAUGGAUGAACCAUGUAGCUUUGAUUACAAUACAAUGAUUAGAGGGAGUGUCAAUAACAUGAGACUUGAAGAAGCUUUGUUGAUGUAUGUUGAAAUGCUUGAAAGAGGAAUUGAGCCUGAUAAGUUCACUUAUCCUUUUGUUCUCAAGGCUUGUUCUUUAUUAGGCGCGCGAAAUGAAGGAGUUCAGAUUCAUGGACAUGUUUUUAAGAUGGGUCUUGAAGGUGAUGUGUUUGUGCAAAAUAGUUUGAUUAACAUGUAUGGUAAGUGCGGGGCGAUAGAAUGUGCCUGUGUUGUGUUUGAUAAAAUGGGUGAAAAGAGUGUGGCUUCAUGGAGUGCUAUUAUUGGUGCUCAUGUUUGUGUGGAGAUGUGGAAUGAGUGUUUGAUGCUUCUUGGAGAGAUGAGUAGGGAAGGAAGAUGUAGGGUUGAAGAAAGCACACUAGUGAAUGUGCUUUCUGCUUGUAGUCAUUUGGGUUCUCCUAGUCUUGGAAAGUGUAUACAUGGGAUCUUGUUGAGGAACAUUAGUGAACUCAAUGUUGUUGUGGAAACAAUGUUGGUUGAUAUGUAUGUAAAGUGUGGGUGUCUUGAGAAAGGUAUGCGUGUAUUCGAAAAUAUGUCGGAGAAGAAUAGAUAUUCUUGUGCUGUAAUGAUAUCUGGUCUUGCCAUUCAUGGACGUGGUAAGAAAGCUCUUAAAAUUUUCUCAGAGAUGUUGGAAGAAGGUUUGGCACCAGAUGAUGUUGUCUAUGUUGGGGUGUUGAGUGCUUGCAGUCAUGCUGGUCUUGUCGACGAGGGUCUUCGAUGUUUCAAAUGCAUGCAACUUGAGCAUAAGAUCGUUCCAACGGUUCAACAUUAUGGUUGCAUGGUGGAUCUCUUGGGAAGAUUUGGGAAGCUAAAGGAAGCCUAUGAACUCAUAAAGAGCAUGUUAAUUAAGCCUAAUGAUGUGAUUUGGAGGAGUCUGUUAAGUGCUUGUAGAGUUCAUCAUAACUUAGAAAUCGGAGAGAUUGCGGCUGAAAAUCUCUUCGCGUUGAAUCAAAAUAACACUGGCGAUUAUUUACUGCUAGCAAAUAUGUACGUGAAGGCGCAAAAGUGGGACGAUGUAGCAAAGGUCAGAACAAAAAUGGCCGAGAAAAACUUAGUACAGACACCCGGGUUUAGUUUGAUUGAAGCGAAGAGGAAAGUGUACAAGUUUGUUUCACAAGACAAGUCUACACAACAAUGGAACACCAUCUAUGACAUGAUUCACCAAAUGGAAUGGCAAUUGAAAUUCGAAGGGUAUAUACCCGAUACAUCGCAAGUGUUGCUUGAUGUAGAUGAAGAAGAAAAGAGGGAGAGAUUGAAAUGUCAUAGUCAGAAGUUAGCAAUUGCUUUUGGAUUGAUACAUACAUCAGAAGGAUCUCCUUUAAGAAUAACAAGAAAUCUUAGGAUGUGUAGUGACUGUCAUACUUACACUAAAUACAUUUCCAUGAUCUAUGAUAGGGAAAUUACUGUAAGAGAUCGUCAUCGUUUCCACCAUUUUAAAGAUGGAACUUGUUCAUGUAAAGAUUAUUGGUGAAUUUGAUUAUGUUUUUGAGCUUGUUCCUAAGGGUUCUUUUAGAAGUAAGGGCUGGUAAUUUUCCUGCCUCAGUUCACAUUUCUCACACA